AGUUGCUGGCAGCUCAGGGAGCCAGGAUCAAGCUGCUGCCUGGAGGCCCGCACCCCAGCCCUCUCUGCACCCCAAGAAGAAAAUAAGUUCCUCUCUGCCCCACACUGUCCCCUUCCCCCUCUGCUGUCCUUUAGCCUGCUGGAGAAAAGCUAGAAGGUGCCGCUUCCACGGGGCUGGGCAGAAGCAGAGAGGAUUUCUUCCCAGUCCUGCACAGAUGGCGGCUGCCCAGGACCUGUAUGACACCCCCGGGGACAGGCUGGACGCUUUCGUGAAGCACGGCCUUCAGCCCCAGGGGGCCUGGAAGGACGAAGUGAAGGAUGUCUGGCAGAGAAUCGAGCAGUUCUUAAGGGAUCAGUGCUUCUAUGAUGAACUAAUCCUGGACCAAGAAGUCAGGGUGCUGAAGGUGGUCAAGGGUGGCUCCGCAGGGAAGGGGACCACACUGAACUACAGCUCCGACCUGGACCUGGUUCUGUUUCUGAGCUGCUUCUCCAGUUUCCGACACCAGGCACAGCUCCGAGGAGUCAUCAUCAGCUUCAUGGAGAAGAAAUUGGUUCACUGUAGCAGAAGCCUAGCCUACAAAAUCACUGUGGCCCCAUACAGGGGAGGGACCAGCGCCCCUCGCUCCCUGUCCCUCCAGGUCCAGUCCAGGAAGAACAGUGGAGUCGUCAGGGUGGACUUGCUCCCGGCUUUCAAUGCUCUGGGAUCCUUUUGCCCAGACUCUAAACCAGCACCGGAAAUCUAUGAAAAUUUAAUCACCAGCGCCGGCCGCCCUGGGGAGUUCUCAUCAAGCUUCACACAGCUGCAGAGACACUUUGUGAAAAGCCGUCCUCCUAAACUAAAGAGCCUCCUGCAGCUGGUAAAGCACUGGUACCUGCAGUGCUUGAAAGGUAAAUAUCGAGGAGUGGCAUUACCUUCCAAAUAUGCACUGGAGUUACUGACCAUCUAUGCCUGGGAAAUGGGUACAAACGAAAGUGAGAACUUUGACAUGGAUGAAGGGCUUGUGGCUGUGAUGGAACUCCUCAGAGAUUACGAAGACAUCUGCAUAUACUGGACCAAGUACUAUAAUUUCCAAAAUGAUGUUGUCAGGAACUUUAUCAAACUAAAGUUGAAGGAAUGCAGGCCCAUUAUCUUGGACCCAGCUGACCCCACCAACAACCUGGGAAGGCAGAAAAGAUGGGACCUGGUGGCCCAGGAGGCAGCUUACUGCCUGCAGCAGGCUUGCUGCAGGACUGUGGACCCCCACCAGGGCUGGGACGUGCAGCGAGCGAGGGACGUCCUGGUGACAGUGAAACAGACAGGGGAGGAGGCCUGGACACUCUCGGUGAACCCCUACAGCCCCAUCUGGAAGAUGAAGACAGAGAUCAAGAGAAAGUAUGACUUCAGCGGGCAGCAGCGGUUGUCUUUCCAGGAGCCGGGAGGGGAGCGACAACUUCUCAGCAGCCAGCGGACCCUGGCGGAUUAUGGGAUCUUCUCAAAAGUGACCGUCCGGGUGCUAGAGACCACCCCUCCCGAGAUCCAGGUCUUCGUGAAGGACUGUAGCGGCCAGAGCCGGCCUUACGCCAUCCACCCCGAUGACUCCAUCCGUGACUUGAAAGAGAAGAUCGAGGAAGCCGGAGGACCUCACGUGGAGGAUCAGAUACUGAAGGUCGAGGGGCGGAAACUGGGGGAUCGUCGCAGCCUGGCAGACCUGCAGAUCGAGGACUGUGACACCAUCACGCUCAUUAAGAGAAGCUGAGAUGGUGGGGACAAAGACAGGACAAGCGACCUGUAUUGGGUGCCUGUGGUCAGGUUGCCCAUGACGGUCCUAUGGUCCUGUUCCCCGCCCCUGCCCCUCUCUACCCAGACAACUUUGCUCUUUCUGAAGCAUAAAUAUGAACAUACCCCCUCCCUUGCUUAAAGUCCUCGGAUGGCUCCCCAUUGCCCACAGACUAAAGUUCAAGUUCCUUUGCUUGGCAUCCUGGAUCUUUGACCGUCUAGCCCUUGUUCAUCCCUCCGUCCCUUCCCUCCAUGUUCUCAUCCUUCAAUCCUCAACCUCCUAAGUCAUUGAUUCUCAAAGCAUGGAUCUCAGACCAGCAGAAUCAGCAUUCCCUGGGAACGUCUUAGACGGGAGAAUUCUCAGCGACAUUCCCAGACUUAACCUGAGUCAGAUUCUCAAGUCGUGGGACCCAGAAGUUUGUCUUAACAAGCCUCCCGAGUUGAUUCUGAUGCACAUUGAAGUUUAAGAACUACUGUGCUAAGCCUCAUACUGCUGCUCAAGUCAUCUUCUGCCCUACUCUCUCCCUACACCCCCAUCAGGCUUCUGUGCAGGCACCUGGAACCCUCGUUGUGUCUCUUUGUCGGAUCAUUUACCUCCCCAGUCUAAUGAGACUUGACAAAAAUUAUGCCUUAUUCCUUGUGUCCCCAUGGUCCAGAAUGGCACCUGCCUGGUGCAAAAACUUGGCACUUGCCUGUUGAAUAAAUGAAUGAACCAA